UAACGUUGCUUUUGCUGGCAGGCGCUGACCUGUGCGAUCCACACCCUUGUGACGCUAACGCCGCCUGCCGACUGUUGUGGGGAACUGUUCUGUGCACAUGUGACGUAGGAUUCGUCGGCAACGGUUUUACCUGCUCAGUUUCACCAACACCGAUAACUGAUUCAAACACAAUAAAUAUGACACCUGAACCAACAAUGAGUUCUACCAUAGUACAAACAGCAACACAACAAUCAACUGAUUUGAAAAGCAUACAAAUGACACCUGAACCAACAAUGAGAUCAAACACAAAGGAAACAAAACCAGACCCAACAACUGAUUCAACCACAUUACAAACAACCAAACCUACAACUGAUUUUACCACAAUACAAACAACAAAACCUACAACUAAUUCUACCACAAUACAAACAACAAUACGUACAACUGAUUCAACCACAUUACAAACAACCAAACCUACAACUGAUUCUACCACAAUACAAACAACAGCACCUACAACUGAUUUAACCACAAUACAAACAACAAAACGUACAACUGAUUUUACAACAAUACAAACAACAAAACGUACAACUGAUUCUACCACAAUACAAACAACGAUUCCUACAACUGACUCUACAACAAUACAAACAACAAAACGUACAACUGAUUCAACCACAAUACAAACAACGAAACCUACAACUGAUUCGACUACAAUACAAACAACAAGACCUACAACUGAUUCCACAACAAUACAAACAAGUAAACCUACAACUGAUUCUACCACAAUACAAACAACAAGACAUACAACCGCAUCAACCACAUUACAAACAACAUUUAUUCCCACAACAAUUCUGGCCGAGUGCCCUGUACUUACUGUCCCAACAAAUGGAAGUCUAAGUCCUGUUGGUUCCAACACCUACCAAGACGUAGUGACUUUUAGCUGUGACCAGGGGUACGAGUUGGACGGCAGUACCAGUGUCACCUGCCAGGUGGACGGGACCUGGAGUGGCAAUAUUCCACAUUGUAAUGCGGUUCAAUGUGCGGCUCGGCAGGCCCCAGCUAACGGAGCGGUGAGUCCUACCGGAGCGGUCUCCUACCGUAACGGAGUCACCUUCACCUGUAACACGGGAUACGUACUGAACGGCGUUGGUACUGCGAUGUGCCAAGCUGACGGAACAUGGAGUCACACUGCUCCAACAUGUCCACCGAUCCAAUGUCCGACUGUAACGGCCCAAGCUAAUGGAGCGAUUAGUACCACAGCGACCUCCUACCAGACCGUGGUCAACUUUACCUGUAACCCGGGAUACGUACUGAACGGCACCACUAAUACAACGUGCCAAGCUAACGGAACGUGGGGCAAUCCUGUACCAACAUGCACACCAAUACAAUGUCCGAUUCUGACGGCCCCAGCUAACGGAGCGUUCAGUACCACAGAGACCUCCUACCCGACCGUGGUCAACUUUACCUGUAACCUGGGAUACGUACUGAACGGCACCACUAAUACAACGUGCCAAGCUGACGGAACAUGGAGCAAUCUUGUUCGAACAUGUAGAGGUGAGAUGAUGAGAAAAUGUCCAACGUUGACGGCCCCAGCUAACGGAGCGCUCAGUACCACAGCGACCUUCUACCAGACCGUGGUCAACUUUACCUGUAACCCGGGAUACGUACUGAACGGCACCAAUAAUACAACGUGCCAAGCUGACGGAACAUGGAGUAAUCUUGUUCCAACAUGUAGAGUGAGACAAUGUCCAACGUUGACGGCCCCAGCUAACGGAGCGCUCAGUACCACAGCGACCUCCUACCAGACCGUGGUCAACUUUACCUGUAACCCGGGAUACGUACUGAGCGGCACCACUAACACAACGUGCCAAGCUGACGGAACAUGGCGCAAUCCUGUACCAACAUGUAGAGGUGAGAUGAGUUCUACACUGAUAGAUACUAAUAGCCUCUAG